GCGGCGCGGCUGAGGGGAGCGCGGAGGCCGGGCCGGGCCGGGCCGCCUGAGGCGGGGUCGGGGUCUGGGUCUCCGCUCGCCCCUUCGCAGCCCUUUCCGGACCCGAACGCCGGGGAUGGAGCCCACAGGCCCGGAGCAGCGCGAUGCCGUGAGGGAGCUGAGACUACACUUAGUGACCUGGAACGUGGGCACAGCUUCUCCACCUCCUGAUGUCACUAGUUUACUUCAGCUCGAUUCACUGGGCCCAACUGUGGAUAUGUAUGUCAUUGGCUUACAGGAGGUGAACUCAAGAAUCACAAAUUUUCUCUCUGACUUGGCAUUUGAUGAUCCAUGGAGCAUUUUUUUCAUGACCGUAUUGUCUCCGUUGGGAUACAUCAAGCUCUCCUCAGUUCGCAUGCAGGGGUUGCUGCUUCUGGUCUUUGUGAAGCACAUCCACCUCCCUUUCAUACGGGACAUUCACACCCACUACACACGGACAGGCCUGUAUGGAUACUGGGGGAACAAAGGAGGAGUGACCAUUCGCAUGUCCCUCUAUGGCCAUACAAUUUGCUUCAUGAACUGCCACUUGCCAGCUCAUAUGGAGAAUACAGAGCAGCGACUGGAUGACUUUGAAAAGAUCCUAGAAAUGCAGUUUGAAGGAGAGAAUAUUCCAAGUACCUUGGAUCACGAUAUUCUCUUCUGGUUUGGAGAUCUAAACUUCAGGAUAGCAGAUUAUGGCAUACAUUUUGUCCGGGAAUCAAUAAAUAACAAGCGUUACAAUCUGCUGUGGGAAAAGGACCAGUUAAAUAUGGCAAAAAAGAAAGAAGCAUUUCUUCAGGAUUUCAUAGAGGGUCCCCUGCAGUUUAAACCCACCUACAAGUUUGACCUUUAUUCGGAUGUGUAUGAUACAAGAGAGCAGAAGUCCCUGUUUUGGUUUAAUGAGAAGAAAAGAAAGCCAGCGUGGACUGACAGAAUUCUUUGGAGGGUGAAAAAUCUCUGCCAGCACCCAUCAAAAGAAGGCGAAUUCUCUGAAGAAGAACAGACUAUUUCUGUUACUUUGAAUAACUACAUCAGCCACAUGAGCUAUGGCAUCAGCGAUCACAAACCUGUUACAGGCACUUUUGGGCUUGAGCUAAAGCCUCUUCUGUCAGAUCCUUUGGUCACACUGAAUCCAGAGGGAGAGUGGAGUGCAGAGCAUGAUGUUCUGAUCAGCUAUUCUGCAGUGCCUGAAUUCCCAAGCAGUGCUUGGGACUGGAUUGGGCUCUUCAAGGUGACUUUCAGGCAUGUGAACGACUAUGUUACUUAUGCUUGGGUAGAAGAUGAUGAGGUUUCUUCUAACAAAGACAGUAAACAAGUUUACAUGAGUGCUGCAGAAAUACCCGAUAUUGGAGGAGAAUUUCUGCUUUGUUAUUAUAGCAAUAAUUUGCAGUCAAUAGUUGGCAUCAGCCAGCCUUUUCAGAUUCAGCCCAACAGAACAUUUCUAGAAAAGGAUAUUACACAGGAAGAGAACAGUUGGAUGCAGAAACCUGACAAUCUGGAGUCACGAGAGGAGUUCUGAAGGCAGAAAGGACGUUUAGUGGUCCCGAUUGAGGAGUCAGAUGAUUCUUUAUGUCUUAGGGAUUAUAAGCUUUUACUCUUAGAAGAUGGAGUAAGGCAGUGCAAGUGAGACAGGUAGGAUUGCUCAGAAACUUUGUAAGCUCCUAGAAGAUAAUUUAUUGUGGAAACAGAUCUUUUUAUUGUUACAGAGAGAGUGACUCUCUUGCACUGGAUGAGAACCAUACAAGUAGCACUUAGUGAUUGCUGUAUGUUUUAAGACAGAUGUUUCUAGUACAACAAAGGAACCUAAGUCAGCUGCAAUCUGUAAGAGAUUUUUAGGCUUGCUCCUUUUGUUUGUAGAGGAUAUUUUACUUACAAUGCAAUAUUUACUAUGCUGCAGCCAUUUAAUGUUUGAUUUCCAGAUUUUAAGUUUAAAUGAAGUUAUUUUAAAAGUAUUUAUUAGCCACAGCUAGUUAGCUUGGUUGAAAGUCUGAUCUGGCUUUCACAUGUAAGCUGAUUGCCUUUUGGGGAACACGUGUGGCAACAAGGCACACGUGAACACAAUCUUUGGAGUGUGUAAAUCCUCCUUUGGUAGAUCCCUUUUCCUCAGGCCUUACUCAUAACUGUUGAUAGGAUUUGCCAUUUCUGAUUUUUCUAGAUUGAGAUAUAUUUAUCAAAACACACUUUUCCUGACUCUCUUUUUUUCCCCAUUCCUCUUUUAUAAAACAAAUGAUCAAUUUGCAUUUGGCAUUUCUCCCUCUGGCUUAAAAACAUAAAAUAAAACCACUUUUAUGUUUGACCCUGGCUCAGCAUUAACCAGGAUCCCACAGUUUCUGAAUGAAAUUGCUUUAGUUGAGAAAUGCUUGAGCACAGGUGAACAAACCAUCAGCCAUGAAGCACUUGUUGUCAAAGUUAAUGCUCAUGGUACCAACCCCAUUUGUUUUCUGUUGUCAUACUGAUUUUAGAAAGCUGAAGCCAUAUUUAAGUACUUCCCUGAUCCCCUCCUGCUAUGUGAUUGCUACAGAAAUUGUGGGAGCUGAAAUUGGGAAUUUCAGUGGGACACAUUCUUUUUUUUAUGGUAGAAUCUGUGCUACCAAAAUUGUAAAUCUCCAAUUUACAGCAGUUGGUCUGCAAAAUUCCUGGUUUUCCAGAGGUGCUUUGACUUAACGUGCCCUUUGCACCUGAGAGUGGAGAUGGAGUAAGAAAGAUCACGUACCUUUUAAAAACCUGGAAGGCAGUUAGCUUCAGAAGUGGUGGUGUUUCUUAGUGAGGUGCUUGGAGGUGUUUGGAAAGGACUGGAAGAGGCACCAGUGUUCCCCAGCAUCUCAGGCUGCAGUGCUGGGAAAGAACAUUUGUGAGUCUCCUGUGUUCUAGACGCACGGCUUCGAGCUUCCUACUUAGUGUGGUAAGUACAGUUACUAGUCACUGGCACAUGGUUAUGGAUGGAAAAGAGAAAAUCUAGUUCAAGUAGAAGAGCAACACAAAGGAUGUUGGUGUGUUUAUGGAUUCCUUUUUGUUGUUUUUCUCAAAGCCUUGGGGUUUUUUCAGGGUUCUUUUGAGGCAGAAGCUAACACCUUGAUGUGACAUUUGUUUUGCAGUUACGUGCUUACAUGAUUCCCUGUAUAAAAUCUUCUGUGGUCUGGGUGUCUUUGUGUACUGUGAAAGCUAUAACGUGGGUUAACUGGUUAGAUAGUUGGAAUGUGGGAUAUAAGAACACAGCCUCUCUGAAUUCUAGUGAGUCAUAUCUCAGCUUAAUGCUUGGUGUUGAGAACUGUUUCCAGUUGUAAGCAGUGAGGGCAAGGUUCAGAGGAUACCGUGGUCACUGCAUGGAUUUGCUUUGAGGUUUACAGUUUGUACAUUCCUAUAACACUUUGGAACAAUAAUAGAAACAGUUUUCACAUUCGUACCGGUCUUACCAGGAUUAGUUUUGCACUAAAUCUUUCAGAUGUGUGACUUUUCAUGGCAACUGGGGCAUCAGACAAUUCCCUACUGAAUUGCAAAGAACUUCUGCAGUUCCUGAGUUGUACUCUGUUUCUGCUUUUACUUGUGUAUUACUGUACUCCAUGCAAGGAGAUUCUGUGGAGAGCUCCAAGAACAGUGGCCUUUGCAUUCCAGACCACAGCUGGCCAUUUACUGUGGACCAAGAUCCAGUUUCUUCUCAUCAGGAUGCAUCUGCUGUUCUUGAGGAGCUCGAGGGGGAGCCGUACAGCUGCAUUACGUGGGCAAGGAACUCAUGGUCCUUAGUGCUGUGUGAGCACUGAUAACCCUCUCACUCACUGGGCACAGGAGCUGCCUUUUGUAAACUGAUCCUUCAAACCACAGGACUUCAAGACAAAUGCCCGCAGCAGCUGUGAUUAAAUCUGCUUGUGUGUUAGUGGCUGCUGCACAGAACUGUCUACUUCUUUCUUAAGUAUUUGCACACAGUGGCACUUUUGUUUACUACUGUUACCUAUGGUAGCUUUUCAAACUGUUCCAUGACCUGUCAUGAUGCAAUUUCUGAUGAGAUUUAUCUUUCUUAAAACACCUUGAAUUGGAUGUUGUAAUCACUGGAGAUGUUUUUAUACUCACCUGUUUUCUUUUCAUGUACCACUAAAAUAAAUCCUUGCAGUGUUCUAA